AUGAACUUUCAACCAUCAGAUUAUUUGAAUGGUUUGAAUUUAGAAUUCGAAGAAGAUUUUAAUAAUAAUGACUUAGAUUUAUUUUCCAAAAAUGAUUUCUUCAACUUGGAUAACUUCAAAGUUAAAUCUGAUUUAGAUUUUUUAUCACCAGUUUCUCCAAAAGAACCACAAGUUAACAUCCCACAACCACAAGAAAUAGUGAAUAUCAAACAGGAAUCAGCUCCAUUAGAUUCUUUCCCAACUCCAGUUAGUCCUGAUGCCUUAAGAUCUGAAAACAAAGACUUUAAAUCAUUAGAUAAUGCUAAAGUCACAGCUUUGGAAGAUAAAAAGAGAAGAAAUACUGCUGCUUCAGCAAGAUUCAGAAUCAAAAAGAAAUUGAAAGAACAACAAAUGGAAUCCAAAUCCAAAGAAUUGCAAGAUAAAGUCUACAGUUUAGAAAAAAAAUUAAUGACUUUAGAAAUGGAAAACAAAUGUUUAAAGAAAUUAAUAAUAGAAAAGAACAAUAUUAAGAACGAUGAAUUAUUGCAAAGCAUCAAAAACAGAUCAAUGGAAUCAAAACCAUUUUUUGAAUAUACCAAAUAA